ACGUAACAUUUCUUUUCCUUUUCGACUGUUGUUGCGAGUGUUUGCUUGGAUAAUAGCUCCGUGUGUAUUACUGAAUAUGGAGGAAGAGAUGGAUAUUGAGUUGGACGAAAUCAUUGUUGAAAAAAAACGCGAUCAUAUAAUUUCGACGGAAAUAAUUUCUCAAGAAAAUAAUGGAAUUCAAUACAAAACUCUAGAGCAAAUUAUUUCGGAGAAUAAAAAGUUAAGAGUUAAUCGCCGCCGCUAUCAACGUAAACCAUAUAAUCUUAAUCGAAAGACGCGCUUUUAUAGGGAAGACUUUCUCGAACGUGGUUUCAAAAAGCCUAGGACAGGUUUGAUUAUGAUCUAUAAUCUUGCGGAUAGUGUGACCAACAAAGACAUUAAAGAAUUGUUUUCACCUUUUGGUUAUAUAUAUGACGCUGGUUUGCAUUACGAUUCUGAAGGCAUAAGUAUAGGCAUUGCUCAUGUCACGUUUGAGAGUUAUUAUGACGCGCUGAAAGCUGUUCGUGCCUAUAGAAACAAGACAUUAGAUGGGAAGGAUUUGGAAUUAAGAAUUAUAUAUCCGAGAAAUAUUUAUUUAUAUCGCGGAAUAAUUAGUAAACGUAGUUUUAGACAAGAGUAGAUGAGACCUUAACAAAUCAUUAUUUCUCUUUAAUAAUAAAUUUUUGUAUAAAUUUAUAAAUCAUUAAACGAUUUCCAAAAUAUACGAGAUCUGUAUUUAAGCAAAA